ACCCGACCCGAGAGGAGCUCAAAGGCGGACCGGGCUGACCUUUCUAUUAUCAGAAAGUUCGACGCCGAUCUCUGCACCGUCUUCAUGUUGUGCGUUCGUCCCGUUUCCCAGCUUUCUCCGUCCAACCCUAAUUUUCGCUGCGAGAAAAUGGCUAUGAGGAGAUUGCUACUAUUUCUUAAGCCAUUUGAUGCCAAUCCUGUUCUCCAUUCUGACGGCUUUUCUCGCGUCACCAGCCCUCAGAUCUUACGUCACUUAGAGAACAGGCAUGCAGUGCAUAGGGAGGCCAUAAAAUUUUGUAAGGAUGUUUUGCAGCAGAAGCCUGUGGAUUGGGAAGCUGUAUUUCGCAAUGAUCUAUCUGAGCCAAUUAGCAAUGUAGACCUUGUCGUCACGGUUGGUGGUGAUGGCACCCUUUUGCAGGCCAGCCAUUUAUUGGACGAGUCAAUUCCUGUUCUUGGAGUAAAUUCUGAUCCGACACAAGUGGAUGAGGUAGAAGAGUUUGGCAAUCAGUUUGAUGCUUCUAGAAGCACAGGCCAUCUUUGUGCGGCGACUGUUAAUAACUUUGAGCAAGUAUUAGAUAGUGUCCUCAGUGGUGUAGCAUCCCCUUCCAAGUUGUCAAGGCUAUCCAUAUCUGUAAAUUCAGAGUUGCUCACAAAAUAUCCUCUCAAUGACAUAUUAAUUGCUCAUCCAUGUCCCGCGUCGGUCUCUCGAUUCUCGUUCAAAAUUAGGAAUGAGCAGCCAUGUUCGCCCUUGUUGAACUGUCGAUCGAGUGGUCUAAGAAUUUCGACUGCUGCUGGAUCAACAGCUGCAAUGCGAUCAGCAGGUGGAUUUCCCAUGCCCAUUCUAUCUCGGGACCUUCAGUACAUGGUACGAGAGCCCAUGACCCCAGGAAAACUGUCCAAUUUUAUGCAUGGGAUGGUAUUGUCAGAUCAGUCGAUAGAAAUGGCCUGGUUGUGUAAUGAUGGUGUGAUUUACAUUGAUGGUUCUCAUGUUUGUCAUCCUAUUCAAUACGGCGAUGUCAUUGAAAUAUCUUCCAAGGCCCCGAGUCUGAAAGUUUUCUUGCCUCAUCUUCCAAGGCCCCGAGUCUGAAAGUUUUCUUGCCUCAUCAUAUGUUGUACACAGCCAGAGAAGAAACUUCAGAGCAACAUACAUAUCCAAAAUAGAUUUUGUAGAUAACUGCAUAUAUGCAACCGAGUCGUCGACAUGAAAUGUUCUGAGCAUCUGAACGAGCAUGAAGUUAAUCUAUGUGCGAGACUGAUUUGGCUUUGAAGGACUGGGGUCGUAAGGUGCUUUCUUGCUGAGCAUUUUGAAUCAACAUGUAAGAUCAUUAACAACAUGUAUCUGAUGGACAAAUGAAGGCAUUUUUCAAGGGGCGGCUUUUGACAAUUUUUCUGUACAUACAGAAUGGAGAAUGGAAAAUGCUCCUCUCUAGCUAAGAAUUGAGCUGUGAGUACCUGGAUUAUCGUCCAACCUUCUUUGCUUGUGCGCAACUUUUUGAAACUUAAUCUUUCACGUUUUGGUGUUUCUUUAUCAACUGUUUAGAAGGUUAUAAAUCAUACAUUUUCGUGUAGGAUUACCCAAAAUACUUUAUGAACCU